ACACUCCCCAUCAAACAGCACAUUUGGGAUCCAAGCAUGCACCAACAGCAACUAGAUUUCCGAUUAUCCUCCCCCAAAGUCACCGCAGGCGCAGCAGCAGCAGCAGGCUUCCCCCGUCCGAGACUGUACGGAGAUUCCACCGAGUGAUGCCACUGACUGCUGCAGCAAGAAAUACACCAAGCUACCGCACAUACUCUCGUCGCCUGCCGGAGGACCCGACACCACAGUCUCGGCCCCUGACAGAAGAGAGAGCCCCCUCCCCGCCCCCCUCGGCUCCGCUCCCGUCCUGACUCCAGGAUGUCCGACAGCAUCGCAAGUCCCGCCGAUCGGUUGAUCAAAUCGGUCCCCUUCCCCCUGGCCCACCGGCUUACCAUGAAAGAGGUCUUUGACACCGAGGGCCGGCCGCGGGUGGACCUGCUCAAAGCUCACCUCACAAAGGAGGGCCGUCUAGAGGAGGCCGUGGCACUGCGCAUCAUCGAUGAGGGCGCUGCCAUCCUGCGUCAAGAGCGCACAAUGUUGGAUAUUGAGGCGCCAGUCACAGUGUGUGGAGACAUUCACGGCCAGUUCUUCGACCUGAUGAAGUUGUUUGAAGUGGGAGGUUCUCCUGCCAAUACACGCUACCUCUUCCUGGGGGACUAUGUGGACAGAGGCUACUUUAGUAUUGAGUGUGUGUUGUACCUGUGGUCACUGAAAAUCCUCUACCCAAAGACACUCUUUCUUCUACGGGGAAACCAUGAAUGUAGACAUCUGACGGAAUAUUUUACCUUCAAACAAGAAUGUAAGAUCAAGUACUCAGAGCAGGUGUAUGAUUCCUGCAUGGAGGCGUUUGAUUGCUUACCCCUGGCAGCCCUGAUGAACCAGCAGUUCUUGUGUGUGCAUGGGGGGCUCUCACCGGAGAUACACACACUCGACGACAUAAAGAAGUUGGACCGGUUUAAGGAGCCCCCAGCGUUUGGGCCCAUGUGUGACCUGCUGUGGGCUGACCCCCUGGAAGACUUUGGCAAUGAGAAGACCCAGGAGUACUUUGGCCAUAACACAGUCAGAGGCUGCUCCUAUUUCUACAGUUACCCAGCAGUGUGCGAGUUCCUACAGACCAACAACCUGCUGUCAGUCAUCAGAGCGCACGAAGCACAGGAUGCUGGGUAUCGUAUGUACAGGAAGAGUCAGACUACAGGGUUUCCCUCGCUCAUCACAAUCUUCUCUGCUCCAAACUACCUGGAUGUCUACAACAACAAAGCGGCUGUGCUUAAGUAUGAGAACAAUGUGAUGAACAUCCGCCAGUUCAACUGCUCUCCUCAUCCCUAUUGGCUGCCUAACUUCAUGGAUGUCUUCACAUGGUCGUUGCCUUUUGUGGGAGAAAAGGUGACUGAGAUGCUGGUCAACGUCCUCAGUAUCUGCUCUGACGACGAACUCAUGAAUGAUGGAGAGGAGAUCUACGACGCCAGCGCAGCAGCAGCGAGGAAAGAGGUGAUCAAGAACAAGAUUCGAGCCAUUGGAAAGAUGGCUAAAAUGUUCUCUGUGUUACGGGAGGAGAGUGAGAAUGUGUUGACCCUGAAGGGACUGACCCCAACAGGAAUGUUGCCAAGUGGAGUGCUGUCUGGGGGUAAACAGACCUUGCAGAGCGCUACCAUUGAGGCCAUUGAAGCCAUCGAGACAGUUAAGGACGCUGAAGCCAUCAGAGGCUUCUCCCCGCAGCAUCGGAUCAGCAGCUUCGAAGAGGCCAAAGGUCUGGAUCGGAUCAACGAGAGGAUGCCUCCGCGACGCGACGCCGUCAACAGCGUGGGCCUGUCUAUGGGUCGCAUGAACAUGGGAGAGCCAAAUGGGACCGACAGCAACAGCAAUAUACAGUGAUGGACAUACACCCCCAUGAUGCCCAGACACAUACCUGCAGUUAAAACUCUGAUAUGGUACCAUAUUUAUAGGUUCCUGUACAUAAGCAUAUAUACCCGAUGAAAAUGGAUCACACAUGAACACACACACAAACAGUAUUUCAUACACUGAGGCUGGAGACAGCAUCACAAACACACACAUUCAAUCACACACAUUCAAUUACACACACACACACACACACACACACACACACACACACACACACACACACACACACACACACACACACACACACACACAGUUAACUAUCCCUCUCCCGUUGCCCUCAGCUUUCUGUAAAGGCAUGAGCGUACCUGGACUUUCCCACCAAAGGCUGACUCUCUUCACUGAACUGAUAAGCCGUAUUUAAAGAACCACAACUCCAAUGUUCCUGCACAGCAAACAGGAAGGAAGCAACAAAAAACCCUUCCCAUGUUCGUGCUGUUCACCACCUGUGUUGGGAAUCACCAAGUGGGUCGACAGUGUCAGCAUGACGUGGCUGUUUUGGUGGUGUGUCGUGUCGGACGGGGUCAUGUGUUUGCAAGUGGGUGGGGUGGAUUUGGUGAUAAUGAUUUGGACUUUAGUAUUAUGUAUGCCUCUUUUUACUGUUUGCAUCCCAAAACAGGAAGUGAAACUAAACUUGUGAUUGGUUGAUUUUAUAGGGUUGUGGAUAUACCUGCCUGUGUGCGUGCACAUGCUUCAAGAUGUAAAUGUCCAUGCAGUUAUAUUGGAAAAUGUGUUUUUGUUUGCAAACACAAGCGGAGCUCGCCAUCGGCCGGGCAACAGCAAGAGAACUUUUGAUGUGUGCCGUGGCAUGGUGGUUUAUCUGUUGCCAAGGGAGAUGUGGGGAUAAUCUCAGCUGCUGUCUAAUCUGAGCCCUCGCUGCCCCCUUCUUCUUAGCAGAAGAUACUUGUUUGCUUUUGUAGCACUACACUGUAUACCCAUCCUCCACUUGAGGUCAGGUGAAGGAUUCCCCCCAACAAACCUCUGGCUCCAGGGCGGUUAGCUCUCGGGGGGGAAAAGCUUGAAACUGGGCCAAGAUCUGAUUUGAAGUGUUUCUCCCAGCCUGAGUGUGUACAUAGGUAAAAUAGAGAGGUUUUAUUGCACAUCUGAGGCUUAUGGUCACAUGAUGCAAGAUGCAGUAUAUGAAAAGUAGGAUGCUUAAGGUAUGGGAGGGAGCUGGGGCGAGUUGAAAUGUGAAGUCAUACUCUAUUCAAUCUCUUUCUACAUCCUUCUUUCUUCCUGUGUGGCUGUCGCUACGGCACAGCAGAGACGACCAGGGAUCUCUGGCCUAAAAAUGAAGGAAAUUAUAUCAGAGAGGAAACGAGCUCUUCUGGUUAAGGCAGCUGUCAUGGCAGCAGGGACGAGGAGGAAGAGAAGGUCUUUGUAAAGCAUUUAUAUUAUCGCAUCAGUGCAUGCAGAGUUAAGUUCUUUGAUAAUAAUGUGAAGAUUAUAUUUGUGCUCUGUGUUUCACUAUGGUAGGACAUUUUUGUUCUUUUUUUUGUUUUUCUGGCUUAUAUCAAUUAACUGAGGAAUAAUUCAUUAUUUAUUUUGUACAUAACAUUAAUUUAUUUCUUUUUUUUUAAAUUCAUUUUGUCUUAUAUAUUUUUUUCACAACCUUUGUUUCUUGCUGUACAGAAUGACAGUACUCUUCAAAUCAGAGUGCCCAGUCCACAUUCGCUCCUCUCUCUCUCUCUCUCUCUCUCUCUUAUUUGUCGAUGUACAGAAGUUGUUUUUAACGAUAAAUAUGAACAAUGCUAAACAAUAAUGAAGCUAGCAUUGAUGAAUGACCAUACUAUAUACAGAGGCACAGGCGUUCAGGCAGCCAAAAGCAUGAUUGCAUGGUUAGAAUUUGCGCUGUUCAAAGCAAAAAAAAGCAGCGAGACAUUUUAACAGAAGAGCUGGUGUGUUGCUGUCACAAUUUAAAGGAAACAAGUGUACUCUCUCUCUGAUCAUAAUUCUUGAUGAUUCCUCUCGUUCUUUUGAUGAUAUUUAUGAUUCUAUGGUUAUUAUGAUUCUAUUUAUUAUGGACAUUAUUCUUAAUAUUUAAGCUCUCUCUCUCUCUCUCUCUCUCUCUCUCUCUCUCUUCAUGUUAUUUUGCUCUUUGGUUGAUCUUGUUGUGCUUCUUUGGGAGAGGUGAACCCCCCUGGGAGACCCUGUGCCAUAGACAUUGUGCCACGGUUUCUUACUUUCUUUCUCUUUUUUCUCAUUCUCUCUUUCUCUCUCUCUGUUUUGACUCCCCAGUCACUAACACUGUAAGCAUGCCCCCAUGCGACGAUCCACUUUUUUACUCUUGAAUAAAAUAUGCAUGAACCUUU